CAUGUUACCCCGCGCACACGGAAGUACGUCAUCACGCGUGACCUUGUCUCUUCUCUUCAGCAACAGUCGUAGCGGACGAGCAUGGCGAAUAAAGAUCCAGGUGGUUUUCUGCAGCAGCUGCGGCAGAUAGCAGGCAGGAUGUCUUCUGGACCUCGGGGUGCAGGACUCGGUCUCAAACUCCUGGUUGGUGCUGGAGCUCUGGUUUAUGGCGUGAAGGAAGCAACAUACACAGUUGAAGGAGGACAGAGAGCGAUCAUCUUCAGCAGGAUCGGAGGGAUGCAGAUGGACACGGUUCUCUCUGAGGGACUCCACUUCAGGAUACCCUGGUUCCAGUAUCCCAUCAUCUACGACAUCCGAGCCAGACCCAGAAAGAUCUCCUCACUCACCGGAAGCAAAGACCUGCAGAUGGUGAACAUCGCCGUGCGCGUCCUGUCGCGGCCGCUGGCGUCCAACCUGCCCGCCCUCUACCAGCAGCUGGGACUGGACUACGACGAGCGCGUCCUGCCCUCCAUCGUCAACGAGGUGCUGAAGAGCGUGGUGGCAAAAUUCAACGCUUCGCAGCUCAUCACUCAGAGAGCACAGGUUUCCCUGCUGAUCCGCAGGGAGCUGUUUGAGCGGGCGAAAGACUUCAACAUCAUCCUGGACGACGUGGCCAUCACCGAGCUCAGCUUCAGCCGAGAGUACACCGCCGCUGUCGAGGCCAAGCAAGUCGCCCAGCAGGAGGCGCAGCGAGCUCAGUUUUAUGUGGAAAAGGCCAAACAAGACCAGAGACACAAGAUCAUCCAGGCUGAGGGAGAAGCUGAGGCUGCCAAGAUGCUGGGCGAGGCCGUGACGAAGAACCCAGGCUACCUGAAACUCAGGAAGAUCCGGGCGGCGCAGAGCAUCGCCAAGACGGUGGCGCAGUCCCAAAACAAAGUGUACCUGAGCGCCGAGAGCCUGGUGCUCAACCUGCAGGACAAAGACAGCUACAAUUUGCUGCUGAAGUAAGAAGACGUCGUCAUCAUUCCUCCUGGUCCACAAAGAAAACCGCCCCGGUCGUUUCUCACCUGUCGCCGCUGGUUUUCAGUCUGAUCCAGGUUUAUCUGUGAAUCUGUUUCACCGCUGUGUAUUUUAUUUUGAAAGGUUCCUCUGGUGUUGGUAAAAGUCUUCCGUUUUGUUCUUUGCUUCUCUUUUAUCAUCAUCUGUAGACGUUUAAUAUCUUUUUGCUUUGACAGAAUCACAAGCGUUCCUCCUGCUGCUUCCUGUUAGUUCACGUUAAACCUGGAAAUAUAAUUUUUAUCAUGAAGACUUUUCCUUUAACUUAUUUAUGGAACAAUGUUGCUGGGGUUUUUUUCGGUAUAACUUUUUCAUCAAGUAUUUGACACAAAAUUACAAAAUAAAGUUCCAUAAAUAAAAUGUGUAAAAUGUGAUUUUUAACAACACCAGAGGAGCCUUUUAAGGUGUCAGUUCUCCAAAAUCACAAAAAAAUUCAAUCUUAACACCGAGUAUUAGAGGAAAUAUAGACUUCAGGAACAACAUCGUAAUAUUUUUGAGGGGAAAAGUCAUAAUAUUAAGAGAAUACAGCAGAAAUGUUACUAGAAUCCUUCUGACUGUGUAAGACUUUAUUUUUAAAGUAGUGUGACUUUUUUCCCACUAACUUCGGCCCUAAAGCUCAUUUUGUUUUGCUGGAAGUGAAGCUGUAGGGCUGCGAUUAUUCUCAUUACCAAUCGAUUCACUGUACUGAUUUCUUUAAUGAAAAUAAUUUAGUUUACAGUCACAGAAAACCAAGAACACAAGCUAAUAAUAGGAGCUUUGUUAUAAAUGUUGAAUUGCGUUAGCGCUAAAAUUCAGUUUGAAGCUCAAACACUAGAAGCAGCUCUUUGUUCCUGUUUACAUUAAGAAACCGCAGUAUUUUCAGAUCUAACUGAAUAUGAGGAUCUGAAAGGCAGAACGUGUUUCUGUGAUUUGGGUGAACUGACCCUUUACGUGCAGGACGACACUCGACCGCUGCUCCGACUCGAUGGAAACCCGCGGUCUCGUACCCGCUGCUGCUCGUGCCUUUGAGACCCGGCCGUCUGUAGAAAACCAGCUUCACUACUUCUUCUCCUGUUGACGUUGUGUUCAAGCUCGCACUGAAACAGCCAUCAGCCUGGCGGCGCCGCUAAAGCUAGAGAUAAAUGAUCGGCCGGCUGGGGUUGGAGCGGUAUGAAAAGUGGCGGUUAUUGUACUCUACUGUUAAAGAAAAUCUAAACCAUGUCUGUCUGGACGUUAGAGUUGUAGAAAUACAAUAAAGCAUUUGUUCAACAAAAAAA